CGGCACGCGCCCGUCGUGCAGAAGAGAAGGUAGGCCCAUGCGCAGGAAAUAGCUGGCUAUAUCUACUGUAAAUUACUGUCAUUGUCGUUUGCCGUAACCAACGCAUAGGCUAAAGUGAUGCACAUCGUGUGUUUUGAUAUUCGUUCGCAUUACAUCGCAUUCGUGUAACCUUGGUGGCCUUCAGUGAGGUAGUGAUGUCUUAAUGCUUCACUGGACAUCGAUCUGCUUCCUCGGAGGAUGUCGUGCAGUAUUCAUAAUGCAUUGUGUGAACGGAGCGGAUUUCACCUCGGACUUUAUAUAAACCUGGAUCUCCAUUUCGUGCACCGGUUACGCUGUUUGUAAAGCUUUCUUUUUCUCGUUUGGGUGUCAGUGCAACCUGCACUAAUGGAGAGUCCGCGGCCGCAGCUGGUGAUGGACAGGAGCACACUGGCGAGGCAGGUGGAGAGUGUGGAGAGAAGCAUCAUAUUCCUGCGGCAGGAGCAGCUGACACUGCUGCAUGGCUUACACCUGGAGAUCCUGUCCCUGCAGAAACGCUGCACAGAACUGACCCAUGAGCUGAAUUUAAAGCCUCCUGGCAAAAGUGAAGCAGAGGUACUUGAGGAAGAGGAACUGCUGGAGGCGCGUUGUCAGGCCGUAGAGAGUAGACUACAGGAGCAGGAGCACUCUCAGGAAGAACUACGUGAGGAGCUGAGCCACAAGGGGGUGCUGGUGGGAGCUCUGAGGGCAAGCCUGAAGGAGAAAGAGCGGCGCUUCCUGGAGGAGCUCAAGCAGCGCAGCCACAGGAGCACUGGGCUGAACGGCGAGCUACAGAAGCAGACCAAGACUGCCGCGUACCUGUCAUUUCAGCUGCACGCUGCCAGGCAAAAGCUGCAGCUACAACAGCAACAGCAGCAGCAGCAGCAGCAGCAUCGCAGGAGACGGGAAGUGGUUGGGACAGAGACUCUGUCUUCCCUCAGCCCGUCUCAGAACGAUAACUUCACUACACCUACGGUCAAACCAAAAAGGCGCAGUGGUAUCAGGGCGUGCUCACACCUCCGUGCCGAGCGGGCCAGGGAGUGUGUUCCUCGUGAGAGGGUGAUUGGUCCUGAGGAGCCCAUGGCCAUGCCUGACCCUGCACUCUUCCUCCACCCACGCAGACCGGCAGCGACUCGACCGUUUCAGCAUCACACACAAACACUUCGGGGGGCAGAGGGUGGAGAGGAGCCAGACGAAACAGAUCAGGGAGACUCAGCCAGCAGGCUGGUUGCCACAGUCCCCGUAAAAACAGCAGCUACUGCUGAAGGCAAAGCGAAGUGACCGUACUGUCCUGCAAAAACUGGCCUGCUUUUUUCUUUACCUCUUAUCACUGUCUACAAUGGCACUGGUAGACAUGUUUUUAUUAUAUUCGCUUUAUAAUUUUCUUGUUUGUUUUCUUAGCCGUAAAUUCAAAGAAAGACAAUAACGGCCAGCAGUUUGGCCGCAGUGCACAGCACCGCUGUGUGGUUUUGCCUUGCCUUAGGAAGGACAGCCAUAGGGCAGCUCAUAGUUGUCCACAUGGUGGGGUGCCUCUGUGUCUUGGCUGUUUGUUACUAACGUGCUCUUGCUCUUGAGUGCAGCAGAUUGUCAGGUUUUGUUGUAUUUAGGCAGGUUUUCUUGUUAUACAGUAUGAUCUUGGUUAUUCUACAUAAUAUUUCCACACUUCUUUCAAGCAAGUGCACUGCAGUAAGUGCACAUAUGAAAACACCUGCUUUUUCAUGACCAUAUUUUGGUCUUCCGACAAAAACAAGAACCAGCUGUUUUAUCAGUACAGCUGUGUAUAAUAGUAGAGAUUUGGGAGCUGUUUGCUGUAGAUUAAGGCUCAGGGGUUACUUAGUGUAGAGAGUUUGAGGGUCUGUGUGUUUGUAGAUAGUAUAAGCUUUAGGAGAAUCAAGUAAGGAAUCGUAUUUUAAUCGUGUUAGGAAUCACUGGUUUGCUUCGAAUCUGUUUAAAAACCCUGAUGUUAACGCUAGUGUUUUAGGAAUAUUUCACAUUUGGUGACAGGAGGUCUUGGAUUGAUGACUCAGCAGUUUUGUGCAUCUGUUAGUGACAAACAACCUCAGACCCAUCUUAAAUGACCACAAACAAACCGUUCUCAGACCAAACUUUUGUUUGUAGUCAGUUAAUUUACGCAUUGUAAAAAAAAACAAAAAAAAAACAACCCAGUGGUCCCAGUCUGCUUCAUAUUUUGCAUUAUGGUUUAGAACUUAAAGACUUGCCAUACAUAUGAAGAGACGGGCGACAAAUUAAUGGAAAAAAAACAUCAGGUGUUGUCUCACCUGACUCGUUUGGAGUGUUUAUUUUGGAACCUGGUGCGUUUUCUCCCUUGGUUUAGUUUGUUAAGACAUAUAUGAACACGGCAAUCGAUUCGCUUGUGGUGAGAAAGCAAUCCGACCCUACGGACCAACGAACCAACCUGUAUAGCAAUGCAUAAUGGGAAUGGCUCAAAGACAAGGUAAAAUGCCUCAUUGAAAUUUGGUCUGACGAACAUAUUCCUGAGCAACUUUCAAAACGCAUAAAAACACUGUGGUUUACAAGGUGUUGAGCGAGCGUCUCAAGGACUUUAAUCGUUCUGUGGAAAUUAAUUAGAUAAUUUAUAUUAACUACAGCUAAAAGGAUAGCCACAGUAAGCUUGCGGAGUUGCUGUCUAUCCAUCUCGAUGGAUGAACGUUAUGAACAGAGCCCCGGGACAUAAACAGGUUUACGCUCACCAAUGAGAGGACAGUUUACUCAAAUGUGACUUGCAUAAACACAUUUUGCUAUGCUUUGAAAUGUUGCCCCGUGAAAGCGACCAAGCCGAGGAGAAAAUGCACCACUGUAACAAUUUAAGUCCCUGUUUCGGAACAAAGCACAUAUCUACAGGUCUGAAAACACCGUCAGUAAUGCGUUGGGUCACCACGAACCAGAACCAGCUUCAGUCAGUCUUGUCAUAGAUUCUAUACCGUCUCUGGAACUGUACUGGAGGGAUGAACCCCAUUCUUCCAAAAGAUAUUCAUCCAGUUAGUGUUUUGCUGAUUAUGGGUGUGGAGAGCACCAUCAAACAUGUCAAACCAAAAUCUCCAGACUGUUCAGUUGGGUUGAGGUCUGGUCAUUGUAGGGGCCAUCGUGCAGGAUUUGCAUCAUUUUCAUGCUCAUCAAACCAUUCAGCGAGCCCUUGUGCCCUGUGAACGGAGACGAGGUCAUCCUGGAAGAGACCACUCUCAUCAGGAUAGAAAUGUUUCAUCAUAGGAUCACGCCGAUUACUCAGAAGUACUUUGUAUCGAUUUGCAUUGACUUCCAUCUAAGGGGAUAACUAGACCCCUACAUAUGGCAGCAAAAUGAUACCUACAGCAUAACAAAACCACUAGUUUUUCCUUUAAUUUGUCACCUGUCUAUAGCUACUACAACAUACAGAUCAGAUACAGAACACCCAAACUUGAAAAAAAAACUAACUAGAAAAAUGUUUGCCAGUGGAUUGUGUGGUGUUGAGUAGAGUCCACAGCACUGGUCAAUAUUUGGAAGGAGUAUGGUCACCCUCGACUGCCAGAAAAAUAUAUAGUAUAAAGUUAUGUAAGACAAAUAAUUGCAGAACAAAUACAAAAUAAAUGUGCUGUCCUGCAGUAUCUAAUCAAAAUACACGUUAAAAAGUAUAUACACUCACCAUCCACUUUAACAGGAACACCUGUACACCUGCUAAUUUGCGCAGUUAUCCAAUCAGCCCAUCAUGUGGCGGCAGCACAUAGCAUAAAAUCAUGCAGAUACUGGUCAACAGUUUCAGUUAAUGA